AUGGCCACGCUACAAUCGUUCCCACAAUUCGCCUCUCUACCCGUCGAACUCCAAUUCUGCAUCAUCGGAUUCGCAGUUGAAGCUUGCCUUCCGGAUCGCAAACGAGUCAUUACAAUUCGCAUCUCUAAUGAACGCCUGGCUCCCAUCAUCCCACGUCUCCACGCCAUCUUCCACACAAACCGCCAAUUUCGGAGCGAAGCUAUCCGCCUGCUCAGCGCACCUACAGACCACGAGAAUCGGUUGAUACGGCUAUUCUCCGAAACUUAUCUACAGGCAUUGCCAACGAAGUGGCACUUCGCGUCUCCCCUCGUUGUGUUCAACCAGGCAAAAGACAGUCUGGAAUUCGACGUCCGAUCGCUGAACAAAAUAUUGAGUCGGUGUGAGAUAAAGGUAUGGCUAUCCCGUCUCUCGUCGGAAAUGCGCGAUUGCGCUCAGUCCACAAACUUCUUGACGCUCUAUUAUGACGAGCCAUAA